GUUGGUAUCAGUGGCCCCACCUUGGACAGAGAACAAAAGCAGUGAGGUAGGGCAGAGUGAGAGUCAAAGGCGAGUAGCAGAGUAGUUUGAUGCAAAUCUAGCUUGUGUUCACAGAUAUGUGCUCUGAUAUAGAAUGAUUAUUUUCCAGUACAAGGUGUUAUUUAUGAGCUCAACUCUCCAGAUAGACAACAGCCAAAACCUCACCCACCUAAGCUAGUCAACACAGUAUCAACAUGCCAACAGUUUUCCCAUGUCAAGAUUCUGAAGCUCAGUGCAUACACUGUUUAACCCUAGAACACUAUCACCAGGUAAUUCUCAUGUUUACGUGAUUUUCAUGAUGUUGCGUUGCCUUUGACAUCUUUGAAGGCAUAUUUGUUUCCCUGAUCCGAAACCUGUUUUUUCCUACAGGCAUGUGUUUGGGUGAUUUUCACCGGGCAAUAGUGAUAGAGGGUAAGUAGAAGAAAACUACUUUAAAUUUUCAUGUAUUGUCCUAUUUUGAUAUAUUUUGAUGACAAGUACUUUUUCUUAGGUAUAUUGUUUCGGGUAAAAGUCACCUGGCAAUAGUGAUGGUGUUACUAAUUUUAGCGAUAGUGUUCUAGGGUUAAAAAAGGGAUGCCAUAAGUAUCUGUCCUGCUAGAGCUCCUCCUGGUGACUGGUUGCAGCAUGGGAUAAUAACCCUGUCAACAUGAAAUAGAAAGGGGUUUAGACAAGCUAUAAAAUACAAACACACUUUAAGAAUGAGUAAGGCAUCUGCCAACUAUCCAAAUGAGGUUCAAGGCCAUCUUAUCUGAAAACAAAAGGAAUAUACCACACUUUUUUAUGAUAAAAUGUAGGCUGAGGCCUUCUGGUUCAACACUGAAGUACAUGAUAAAAGUCCCAAAUUACCCUCAAAUGGUCUUUUUGAUAUUUUGUAACUCAUUAGCUGAUUAUUUUCGCACUUUCUGUUCAUCUUUUUUACUAAGGAUGCGCUGCCAAACUUGUGGUUGCCCCAAAACAGGUGAGUUUUGGGAUGGUGAGUUUCAUGGACCGGUUUGACUUGCCUGACCCGCCCCUCAAUGACGGUGGGCCGAGCUGUCAGACCAUGAAGGGGCGGGACAGGUGAGGAGAGAGUACAAGAAAGGAUGGGAGACUCAGUAUCUGCGUGUUUGUGUGAGCCAUGUGGAGAAUAUAGGGUGGAAAAGUUUGUUUUUAGCUAGUUUUCGUCGUUUUUUUUCCCUCGACGGGCGGACUAACGGUUACUUUUUUAACCACGUCAACGUUCCAUUUUCAAACCUGCGCGAGACUCUUUAACGGUCAGUUUGGAGAAGCUGGAAACUUUUUAACGCGCCGGAGCGACUCGCCCGCUUUUCAUCUUCGACUCAAGCAGAAAAGAGACGUCAAAUUUUACCCAAUUUUUAAAAGAAACUUGUGGUUAAACUUGUCUGUCAGGUUUUGCCUCGACGCAAUGGAGAAGCACGACUGUCACUCGGCAACGCACGAGUAUCCACAUCCGUUUAUUCACGAAGUGAAGCUGACCCGCGCGCAGAGGAUCAGGGUAACGUUCCAUUUAAAGUCGCCAUAUUUAAAUGUCGUGAAGACCCAAACAUUAAGACACAUUUUAGACAAUAAAAGUUUAGCUAAGGGACAAAAUACAUCAAGCAGCGAUUAGUUUUUGAACACCUGGGCAGGCAAACACAGUCUAACCCCUCUACUACACAUUAAGCUUUCAAGAAGCUUCAAAGUUUUCAGUUUUUAUUGAAAUAAGACAGGUGAUUACUGAGCCUGAUAUUUAUUACUUAAGAGGUAGCUGAUGGUUGGUGGAGUACUGGAGAGUGUUAUAGUAAAAGGUGUUCCUUAUUAUUUGUCCACUUGGUCAAAAAUGACUGAGUUAGAGAAAAAUUAUAACCUGUUGGACCACGCCAACCAAAACCGAAAGGUAAAGCUUUGUAAAAGCAGAACUUUUGGUUAAGUUGCACUGAGUUGAAUCGAAUUUCCCAAGUGUUUUGGCUCAAUCAGUGAAUUUCAAGCAAAGCUAACUCAAUAAUUACAAAAUAUAGGGUCAAUGAGUUUGUUUGGGCUGAAAUUGUACUUCAUAGAGGUUUAAUUCAGUUCCCCAAACUGUGCCACCUGAAACUAAUCAGCUAGUAAUUUCACUAGCAGUGGGAACACACUCCAGUAAACUAUUUCGUAAUGUGUUUUACUUGACAACAAGCAAACACCACCUUAGUCAAAAGAAAUGUCCAUGGGUUAUCUUUUGAAAGAAUCCACCUUUUGCUAAUUUUCUUAGAUGUCCCAUGUUUUUCAUAUUUUCAUAAUCGAACAAAGAGUCUUUCACUCUCCUUUUGUGGCUUAAGUGUUUAAGCAAAACAGAUCUGUCAUAAAAUUUGGCUUGGGCAGGCAUGACACAUCACAACAGCAUACCAGAGAGUUGCGUAACACUGUGACAGCCACUUAAGCAGGGCUGGGUUACAUGCAUGAAAUUAGUGUAGAGAUAAGACUGUUUUCCCACACUGAUGGAGAGUCAAAUGUUUGCAAACUCUGGUGGAUGCAGGAUUGACCUGGCUUCACUUCAUGUAAAAUGAACGCUGACUCAUAAUUGGCGAAAUUAUUUUAUUUUUGUUUUUUCAAGUCGUUAUGUCUAGAAACGAAUGAAUGCUAUCAAGAAGUCUCCAAAAGAAUGAAAAAUAAAGGAAUCAACCCUUUAAUCAUGUGAAACCAGCUGGAAUUUUAAGACCGGAUACUGACUGGAAAGUUCCCUGUCUUGAGUUUUAAUCAUGUUUGUUUGUACAAGUUGUUUACCCCCGCUCUGUGCUCUAAUGGUCAACCAUCAGAAUCCUGCAUUUUUGUAUUUUUUUUUUUAAUACUGGAGAAUGAAUUUAUUAAACUAAUCCAUAACCAGACAUCUAUAGAGUAAACACAGAAAGUUUAUUUGGUUAAUAUUUCAAUGGGUCAUCUGUGUACUUAAAUUAUAUUAGAUAAAAAGCUGAAAUAUUCCUCCUUCUUCGUCUUGUUUAAGGGUUGAAAGUUAUUCAAAACAAACAUGAAUUUGAUAAAAUAGUCGACUAACUCAACUGCAAAAUAUCUUUAUCUCGAUUUUUAUUUUUUAUGUAGGUAAAAAGUCAAAUGUUUUUGAUACUAGCUUCCCAAAUAUCAAUUAAUUUAUUCUUCAAAGUGGAACUGUUUAUCUUAAAUGUGAACAAAACAUGACAUUUUAAGUGGUGUUAUGACUUUUCAAAAAAAUGGAUUGACUUUUUAAAAAUGUGAACGACUUUUAAAAGACUCAAAAUAAAACCCUGUCUCUGUCUUCUUAUUCUGAAUAACAGGGCGUCAUCCUGGGCAGCAUCCUCUUCCCUCUUCGCGUCACCUUGGCCGCCAUCUUCUUCCUCAUCAUGUGGCCUCUAGCUCGGUUACGACUGGCCGGCCUGUCAGAGGAGGAGCGCUCUCGACCAGUUAAGGGUUGGCGCUGUUGGUUGUAUCACCCAAUCGUCUUGGGUCUGAGCCGGGCCGUUUUCUUCUCACUGGGCUUCCCUUGGGUUAAAGUCAAAGGGCGCAGGGCGGACUUGAAGGAGGCGCCGGUGCUGGUGGUGGCGCCGCACAGCAGCUUCCUGGACAUGCUGGUUCUGUGUGAGACGCAGCUUGCGACGGUGGUGUCACGGUCGGAGAACACCAGCCUGCCUGUCAUAGGAGGUGAGGGGAUGAGGAUCAGCUGAUCGUUUUGCAAUCUCUCUAACUUUAGCCUAGACAUUGAAGCUCAUGUGACUCAACUAGCCCACUCUUUUUUAACCCUUUUGCGACCUCUUCUGGUGUUAGUAAUUUUCAGUGUGUGUUUGUGUGUGUGUGUUUCAGCCCUGCUGGAGUUCAACCAGUCUGUACUGGUGAGCAGAAAAGACCCAGAGUCAAGGAAAAAGGCGGUCACCCAGCUCACAGAGAGGCUGACCUCAGACGGCUACUGGCCUCAGGUGAGAAGCUCUAUGAUUGGUCACUUUAAGGUCCUUACACACCGACGCGAAUAUAGAACGCGAAAUUACGAAAUAUUCAGAGGCGAAUUUUGACGCGCUUGACUAUACGCAUCAAGCCCGAUGCGAUUUUGCGACUUUCCAGGGGAAAAAAGACGCGUCCCGGGUGGAAGCGAGAGGACAACAGACAACAUCUCGAUACUAUUUAGUAGCAGCGCACGCCCAUUGUAAAAACCCCCGUACCCUGUAAAAACUGUUGCUCAGGACUGCUUACUUGCGCUUCCUACCCAUUCAGCUACUAUAAUAACCGUUUUUCUAGCCUUCACGCAACAUUUUUGUUCUCAUUCAUGAAACGCUUAAAUCUGGGACAUUUUCGGGGACAGCUUUUGCCGGGGACAGGUCAUCCAAUUCGGGGACACCUUGGCUUACGAGCUAAAGUUACUUAGCACAGAUGAAAGUUAAAAUAAAGACGUUUAUCAAACUGUUAAAGCACACAAACCAUCGUCAUAUGAGAAAUCCGACGCUAUGACUCUCCACAAGUCGUCCUUCAGGUCGUUAUCUUUGUAAUAUUUGUGUCUUUUAUCAAAAAUCACUCUGUUCUCCGACACGUAAACAAUCAGCUGGUCGGCCAUGUUGGAUAUACCAGUGAAUCUGAUGUCACAACAACACGCAAUCUUAUAGGUCAGAAGUGGACACACAGUAUGCGAAACUUUAGAAAAUCGACCAUGAGCCGUAAAUGCCGCAAUACCGCAGGACGGGAAAACGUCACUGAUGUGAACGCUUGUAUGGACAGGAUACGGGUUCGAAAAAAAUACUGACGUCCGAAAUAAUCGCACGAAAAAAAUGGUUCCGGUGAGAAAGGACCUUAAGACCUUAUUAUUAUAAUAAUAAUAAUAAUAAUAAUAAUAAUAAUAAUAAUAUUAAUAAUACAUUUUAUUUGAAGUGCCUUUCACGUCACUCAAGGACACUUUACAGAACAUAUAAAACACUAUUAACAAUUAAAAUCAUCAAAACAGUUAAAAUCAACAAAGCAACAUUAAGAAUGGAUUAACGAUUUUAUACCAUCUCAACAGCAAAUACACCUUUAUUAGUAGUAGGUUUGUCUUCUGACGAUCACACAAGCUCUACUGAAAACACCUCUUACAUGACAUGCUCAAUUAGGACGCUGUUUUGUAAGCGCAGAGAGAGCUCUACAAAAGGAAAUAAGAUUGUGUACACUCGAGAAGCAGUCUGUAAACAAAGACAGCAGCACUACAUGCACACUGUUGUUCUUUGUGAAACACUUUUUGCAUAUAUAAACUCCUACCAGCAUGCAGUUGUGUGUACUCCUAACCUCGGUCUCCUGACUCUAAACAGUCAAGAUGCUGCAGGUCAUCCACCGCAGCACAAACCCAACAAAGAUCUUUUUCCUGAACGCCCCGAAUUCAUCUGCAAAGAAUGCAAACUAAACCUGAAUAUCUACAUAACUCACCUUGAAAACUCGACAUUUAAGACAAAGACAAACUGGUGACAUCCAUUCAAAAAGAGUGUUGUAUACGAGACGUGUGACAAACUUGAAAUACCGGCGCUGUGGGAGAGAGAAAAGCAGAAAAUAAGCAUGAAACACAUUAAAAACUCUUCGACUUUUAGAAAGACGAAGUGACAUUACUCAUGACGUCACGUUUCUUCGUCCUUCCCAGAUGCUGAUGUUUCCAGAAGGAACCACCACUAACGGCAGCGCCCUCAUCAAAUUCAAACCCGGUGAGUAAGGACACUUGAUCUGGUCUGGUUUUACCUGAAGUCCACCUCACCUGCGCCAGUCAUGCAGGAAUGGUCGGCAUGAGAAGGAAAAAGGGCGUGACAGCUCAUUGUUUUUCUCCUGGAUGAUUAAGCGCUUCUUUACAGCGUUUCUCUAAUCUUCGCUCUUGUGUCGUUUCUCUCCUCUCGCUGUCAUCAGGCGCUUUCCUCGCCGGAGUCCCGGUCCAACCUGUUCUGUUGCGUUACCCGAACAAGCUGGUGAGUAAAGUCUGAGCUGUAGAAAAAAAAAUGACACAUGAAACUUUCAGCUUUUGUUUAGCUGACAUCAAAAGAUCUUAACUUGGUCAAUUUUUACACGUAUGUGAAUUUAUAAAGACAGCUUGUAUUUGACAUAACCCUCGAAGGACAAAUACCGUGAAUACUUUUCUUCAAAACCAUCAAAAGAUAAGACGUGUCAGUUCAAACAUACCAGUGUUUAAACUAGGUCAACUGGUAAGUUAAUGUUAAUAUGUUAGAUUACAGAGAUGUCAAGAGUAUAGUUUUCCUUGACACAUAUACAUAUUAGAAUAGAAUAGAUCUUUAUUGUCAUUGUCAUCAAGUACAAUGAAAUUAAAAAGUGCUCUCCAGUCAGUGCAUCAUAUAAAAAUAAAAGUCCUAAGAUUACUAGAAAAAGAUAAGAUAUAUCUAGACACAUUCAUCCCUCCACACAUACAUCAAAACAUAGACAUUACAAGAGCAUUCAUCAACGUAAAAUCAUGUUGUCAUAUCAAAGAAAUUCUUGAUUUUAUGAGGCGCUCAGACACAAUCACACCCACACACUACUCCAACAAAAAACACCACACAAUGUAAACAGAGUCAGAUAUCAUCAAGACAUACUGCAUAUACAAAGCAUUGGUGUUACUGUAGAUGCCAACAGACUACCAGCAAACACAAUGUUUGCAGGACUUCUACAACUAGGAUAAAGUGACAUAGUCCAGGACCCGAGGGAGGACAGUUUAGCGAUGGUGCUACAACACGCUACAGCAGGUCCGUUUGACAAGAAUCACUUCUGUUACAGACACUUGGCUUACUUUGUUAAAGCGGUUUACCUGUCCAGCAGGAAGAUUACAGGGUCACCAAGAUCCUGAAGCGUUUAUGCUUUAUUGAUGUUGACCCGGCUUUUUAGCUCUUGUCCGGUCUACCUCUGUUUUAAGCGCCCGUUAUUCCGCCAGAGUCUACGGUAUUUACUUCGUUUUCUCACUCGUGUUGACAAUCGUGGCCAAAGAAGGAUUCAGACAGUUUUCCGAACUUUCUGGUUGGUUUCUACUGUCUGAUAUUGUAGCACGCUAACUUAGUUUGGGCUCUUGAACAAAACGAGGGAGCAGUGUCCGCCUCACAACCAAUCAGCCUGGGGGAGGCGGGGAACUGCUUUGUUUACAGUCAGAAAGAGCGGAGCACUCCUGAAAUUUUAAAAUGUUGACUACACAAACAUAACAAAACACAGCGAUAUUGUGAUAUUCCCAAAUGUCAUCAAUAACUAUUGACUGAUAUUAAAAGCUUUUGUUUAUACACCACAAAAAAGAUGCUUCUUUAACGGAUUCCUGCCUACCCCACCUUUAAUAGGGUUGGGACGAUAUGCUUUUCUCCUGAUUUUGAUUCUUCUGCGAUUUUUUGGAUGCCGAUUCGAUUUAAAUUGGGAUUUUACGAUAUUGUCGAUUUUCUCAAUUUUUAGUCUGCAUUUUUAACACCAGUGUAGCAGUUGAAUGAUUAUGAUUGUCUACUGACUAUUCCAGGAACUAUAUUUCCCCAAAAAAUCGCAUGUAAAUCAGAUUUUUAAGAUUUAUUCUUGAAGUUUGGAAAAAAAAAUUUGUACAUAAAAAUCAACUUUAAAAAUUGUAAAACAAAAAAAUCGCGAUACUUUUGUGAUUUUAUUUUUUUUUUCUCCAACCCCUAAUACUUAAAAUCCGAUGAAUGGCCUGAAUCUAAGAUGUAUUCAUUUUGGCGAGUAAUGAUGUUGGACCGCUCUCUUCCACACAACUUUUAAUCAGUGUCUGAUAAAUCCUGCAGAACAUCGUCUUCUUGGGAGAAUUUAGAAAGUCUGAAUUCAAUUAAUGAAGCGAUUAAUCCACAAAAUCGUUGAAAACCUCGUCAGGUUUCUAUUAUGAAACUGCGCUCUUGUAGAGAAGUCACGCCGCCGUCCUCUCCUUGAGUGUUGAGCUGCAUUGCUAACAUUAGUAGCAUAGCUCAGCCGCGCACAUACAGUACGUUCAUACAGCAGCUGCUUUGUUCUGCUGCUUGUUCAGACACAGCUUUUAAGUCCGUCCCCGCUCUGUGUGAACACCACACUCUCCUCAACCUUAUCGGGCUGCACUCGUGUUUAUGGACAUGCUGUAAUGUUUGUUCAGGCCCCUUUCUGUUUACACACUGCUUCCUGUCAGGGUGUGUGAGAGGGAAAGUGCGCAGAAACACCCGUGCCAUAAAAAACACGCCACCCUGAGGAUAGGUUUUAUAUUGUGUCUGCUGUUGAUCUCACCCUUUUUAUGACUCUUCCUGUAGGACACGGUGCGCUGGUCUUACAAAGGAACGACCUGGUGAGUUCCUCAGCCUUACUUUCUUCAUGCUACACAGUUUUCUGCAGGGGAUGACAGAAAGUUGAUUUUGGAUAUUUAGGAUUCAGUCACAUCUUAUGUGCUUUAAAUACUUCUGCUUAACAAAUGCAUUCUGACUUAUUCUGAGUACAUUCUGGCUCCAAAUUCAUCCAAAGAUCAGGAUCACACGCUGAACCCAAAGCUGCAGGAAGAAAUCCUGCUUGAGAAUGAUUAAGAAAUUAAUUUUCACCACCAAAUAAAAUAAAACAUUUCCCCAGAAGCAGCACUGAUACAGACAGCAGUAAUGUUAAGUUACACGAGUUUUAUAUUUGUCCAUUUUUAUUCUGUCUUCAUCCAGGAUUGAGGCUUUGUGGCACACAACCUCACAGUUCUACACCAACAUGACCAUCGAGGUAAGAUGUGAAGAUCUAAACACAAACAGCCUCUUAAAAAUCAUCCGGUAUAUGACACACCUGAGGCGGGAACUUUUGAUUUGUGUUGAUUUUGGCGCCCCUGUGUGGACAAAGUGAAUGUCACUGGUGUUGUUCUGUACAUGAAUAUAUAGUGAUCGGAAAAAGUCUCCAGUAGUCUGCCUUCAGCAGUCAAAUAUGUCUCUCACUAGCCCCUUUUCAAACGUGAGCAAAGUUCCUGAAAAUUUCCAGAAAUUACACUACAGGUGAGCUGUAUGUGUGACUAAGUUUUUCACCCACUUUCCUGGAAUAUUUCCCACUAUGCCCCUGGUAUUAUUUCGUGGUAAAGCCUGGGCAAUCUCAGGAUAAUAUGGAGAGGUACAAAAAGCAUUAGGUUUUUGCCUCACACCUGUAUACAACAGGGGAGACUUUCAGGUGAGAAUUUUCCUGGAAUUUUCCUGAAUUUUUUUCCUGGAAUUAUACUGAUUUAUUUCCUGGAAUUACACUGAAGUUUUCCAGAUUUUUUUUCCCCCUGGAAUUAUCCUAAAAAUUUUCCUGAAAUUUUUUCCUGUAAUUAUACUGAUUUUUUUUUCCUAAAAUUUCACUGAAAUUUUCCUAAUUUAUUUAUUUUAUUUUUUUUCUGGAAUUUUCCUGAUAAUUUCCCCUGGAAUUAUACUUAUUUUUGUCCUGGAAUUAUACUGAUUUUUUUUUCCUAGAAUUGCACUAAAAUUUUACUGAUUUCUUUUUUUUUUCUGGCAUUUUCCUGAAAUUUUUGUGAACAUUUUUCCUGGAAUUAUACUGAUUUCUUUUCCCCCAGAAUUGCGCUGAAAUUUUCCUGAUUUUUUUUUUUUUUUUUUUUCCUGGAAUUAUCCUGAAAUUUUUUACCUGGAAUUAUCCUCAAAGUUAUUCUGAAAUUUUCCUGAUUUCAUGUCUUAAAAUGGCUGAAGAAUCUUUUGAUAUAUUAGCAGCCUGCAGUAGAUCACUCAGGUUGACUCUUCCACCCCUACUAGUCUGGUCAGACAUAAAAAAAUAACCAAACAGAAAUCAUCACUUUUCUUUUUUUUAUGGUCUUGUUUGCUUUUUAAGUCAAACAGAUGCAUCAAUAUUAAUUUUAAUCAGUUUGAAAACCAGCUAGAAAAAAGAGUAAUAAAGGUUGAAUCACAUCACUACAUUCAAAGUAACAGCAUACCUGCUUAUAGCUGUGAUAUAACAUACCAGCUUUAGUUCUUAUAGAUGAGUCUUCUCUCAUUAUUCAGUAUCAGUAUUCUGAUCAUUUUGAUAUUUCCACAUUGAAAUCUGUGUUUUUGUUUAACUUUACCUUUUAUGUGUUUUUUUUUUUUUUGCAGUUUCUGCCAGUUUACACUCCGUCUCAGGAGGAGAAGAAAGACCCCAACCUGUACGCAGACAACAUCCAGAAACUUAUGGCCAAGUGAGUAGAAAAUGAUGAUCUGCAAAGUUUGAUACUGUGACUGUUUUUGUUCCCAAACAUCUGCGUCCUUGUCUGUUUUUAAUUUUCUUUCAGUUUAUUUGCUUUGCUUGGAGAUUUCUAUCAUAAUUCUCUCGUCUGUCUCGUUCAGGGCUCUGGGAAUCCCGGCCACAGACUAUGUGAUGGAGGGCGGAGUUCCUGUCAGCAAACUGGGGGGUCUCACUCUGCCGUUGGAGUCGCCUGCACGAGAAACCCUCUCACUGCUGCACAAACACGGGUAAGAGAGAAAACUGUCGCACUUCCUUUUUGUCCUUUUUUCUGCUCUUCUGUUUUUGACCGUCUUUGUGUCCGUGCCAGUCUGGGGGCUCAGGAAGUGGGCGCAGCGCUGGAGAGAAUGAGCGACAGGUGCAAGACAGGAGCUCAGGGGACAAAGGUCGGCGCAGAGGAGUUGGCGUCCAUCUUUGAGCUGAAGGACGAGCAAAACAUCGACAUCUGUGGCCUCUACUCCAAGGUAAGACGUGGUUUUCUGCCUACUUUUUGAGUCUGUUGAAGGCGAAGAUCAGACAUGUGAAACCCUUUAAAACAAAAACAAACUUAAGACGGUUUAAAAGGUUCAUACAGAGUUCAAAAUGGUUUUAACCACUUUGGUGCCACUUUCAUUUUUUGGACCUCCUAGAGAAAACUGUUUCCAAAAGCCACAUUUCUGAUUUUUCUAUAUAUUUUUUCUCUCUUUUCUUUUUACAGAAUGAGGCGGUGGACCUCAGACAGGUUUAUUUAAGUGUGGCAGCUGUGUCAGGAUCUCUCAGCUUCAGGUCACUGCUUCACACAGCGUUUACUGUAAGUCCUGUUUCUUUUUUUAAUUUUUCAUUUACAGCUUUUUUUUUUAAACUGUCUUGGACUUAAAAUCACGACCACACAUGCAAAGGAUCGAGUGUUGUUCUCUAAAUGUUUGUCUUUGUUUUGCAGCUGUUCGACAGAGACGGCAAAGGCAGCCUGAGCGCAGAGGAGCUGUCAGACCUCAUGGGGGCGCUGUUGGGCAUCCAUCAGAACAACACUUCACAGCUCUACACUCAAGCCUCCAGUCAGGGCCAGCUUACCGAAGGUGAGAGUGAAACUUUUGGCGACAUGUUUAGCUUUAAAUUUUGCGUAAUAACGGGGAAAUCAAGAAUUGUGUUUAAGAUUAGAUUGAGGAUCAUUUAAUUAUCAAAGUUCACUCGGUAACUUUGCUCAUACAGGUUUAUAAAAGGGUUAUGAGGUAGGGUGACCAUAUUUUGAAUCCCCAAAAAGAAGAUUAUAUUAUGCGGGGCGUGUAGUCAGGGGUUUUCGGGACGGGUCGAGUGUUUUUUAUGCGCUUCUAACUCAGUUACUCCACGCUACACAAACUCAAAACCUCCAAACAAAUUCCCAGACAAGGAUGGAGAGGACAUGUCCGGGUAAAAGAGGACGUAUGGUCGACCUAUAAUAAGGUGAUUUAGCUAAAGCAGACACAGUUUAGUGUCAUUAGUCGUCUAACAUUUGUCCCAUUUCUACAGAACAUCUGCUGCAGACUCUGACGACCCACCCCACCUAUCAGAGACUGGUCAACGAGUACUUGCAGCCGGAGGAGGCGGGCUCUCACCUGGCCAACGGGAAGGUUGGAAACAACAACGGACACAUGCACAAUGGAAACGUGCACAAUGGAAACGGAUCCGUCCACUACAACAAAAAAUUUGAGUGAAGAUUUUUGCUUCAUUUUUUUUACACGUCAGUUAAAAAGCUAAUCGGUUUUAUUGCACCUGUUCAGAGAAGUUCGAUAAGAGUGGCAUCACAACAAGACAAGCGGAACCAGAAAAAUGGUGGACUAAGGAUUGUCUGUUUUUUAAGAGUAUAUUUGUUCUUAAACCUUUAUUACUGCAACGUUUUAGUACCAUGACAACCAAAGA